GCGCUACGUCUUUAUCUUUAAUCGAACGACGGAUUCGUUGAGGCCUGACCAACUCAAGGGGUUUCUUCAGAUAUCAGAGUCGGGCCCAGCUGGCUGAAGAACAAGGACACCUCUCGAAGGCUGGACUACGAGCACGCCAUAUCACGCUGGACGUGGAAGCAGUUGGGCUACACUGGGCAUCGCAGCACGGGACCCAUCGGCAGCUCGCGGUUUACAAGCUCCGUCCACGCAUAAGACAUGCCGGCAGAUCCGGUCUUCUACUCGGCGGAGAACUUCGAGCCCAGGCCUGACCAAGAGCUGGUGUGCACCGUGUCCCGGGGCGUGUUUCGGGACCCAGUCGAAAGGCCCAGCCACCACGUGUUCUAUUCCAUCUGUAUCCCUGGCAGGCUACCAAUGGGCACAUUGUGUCCCCGAGAGAUUUCCGUGUCGCAGCUCGUGCCCGCGGUGCCCCUCGUGGCCAACAUGAUCGCCCGGCUCAAUGUGCGCUGCCCACGUGGAGGUGAAGGCUGCCCCGUAAAGGUGCACAUGGAUUCCCUGAAGCACCACCUGGAUUCUUCCGAGUCCCGCAACGCGCUGUGCCCGGACUACGGAUCCCAGAAGCGCCCCUCGGAGCUGAGCUGGCAGCUGAGCGAGCGCUGGCAGCCGUGCGGACGGUGCGUUGAAGCCGCCACUUCAGCCUGA